AAUGACAUUCACUUCAAAUGUCUCCAAAUCUCUUUUACAGCAACUGAUCCAACAGUUCCCGACUCGACUCUCGUAUGCAUUUGCUUACGGUUCGGGUGUUUUCAAUCAAAAUGUAGUCAAAAAUACCGACAAAAAUAUGAUUGAUUUGAUUGUUGUAACCGAAGACUCUCUAGACUUUCAUUAUCACAAUCUAAUCAAAAACCGAAAUCAUUAUUCAAUGUUAGGUUCAUUGGGACCGAAAUGGUUGUCCACUAUUCAGGAAAAGUUUAGCGCUUAUGUAUAUUUCAAUACUUUGAUCCCAUUUAAUGGACAUCUUAUUAAAUACGGUGUGAUAUCAAAUAAACAACUGAUUAGUGAUUGUCUCGAUUGGCAGACAUUGUAUAUAAGCGGACGUUUGCAUAAACCGGUGGUCACUCUCAUCGAACCCAACUCUAAUGAGUUGUCGGUUGCGAUCAACAAGAAUACCGAAAAUGCAAUUCACGCGGCGUUACUCUUAUUGUCCGAAAGGUUUACCGAAGAGGAACUCUAUAUGAGAAUCGCUAACAUUUCAUACAUCGGCGACUUUCGGAUGACUAUUGGAGAAGACCGACAAAAGAUCCAAAAGUUAGUUUUACCACAAAUUGAUAAUUUUCGUCACUUAUAUCAACCAAUAUUGACAUCGAAAGCAUUGUCCCAAUUGGUCACUUGGGAUCCGAACUCUCGGAUCUAUUCACAAGACUGUUCACCGAAAGCCAAACUCUACCACUUGAAUAUGUUACCCAAAUCCUUGGAGGAGAUAUUAAUUAAAGAGUGGAAUCAAUACAAUGAUCAUCAAUUCGCUGAUGUGGACUAUCUAUUUGACAGUUUGGCUCAUAGUUUUGAAUGUCGAGAACAGAUCCAGUUUGCCAUUAAAACUAUUGUCGAAAAAUCAAGUACUGCACAAAGUCUUAAAGGACUUUUCACGGCUGGACUUAACAAAUCAAUUCAAUAUUCAGCCAAAAAGUUAUAUAAAAUGUAUAAAAGUCUUGAUUUACAAACAAAAUUAACA